AUGGUGGAAAUUUUAGGGUUAGAACAGAGUGAAAGAGACUGGUUUGGAGAGGAAUGAGGGUAUAAAGGCAGUCACACAGGAAACGAAUCACUCCUCGGAUUCACGCCUGAGAUAAACCUCCUCUUUAGACCAUGAAGCUCAAGUCUGUCACAGCAAGCUUCGCCCAAGUGAUUCACGGCUUGAACGUGGGACACCUGACAGAGCGUGUUAUUCAAAGGAGCAAGAGGAUGAUUCUGGAUACUCUGGGCGUUGGGUUCCUGGGAACCAGCACAGAAGUGUUUCACAAAGCCAGCGAAUAUAGUAAAAUCUACAGCACCAACAUGACGAGCACUGUGUGGGGACGGCCAGACUUCAGGCUCCCACCGACAUAUGCUGCUUUUGCUAACGGUGUGGCGAUUCACUCAAUGGAUUUUGAUGACACAUGGCACCCUGCCACCCACCCUUCUGGAGCUGUCCUUCCUGUCCUGAUGGCAUUAUCAGAAGCCCUGCCUCCAAGUCCAAAGUUUUCUGGCCUUGACUUCCUGCUGGCUUUCAAUGUUGGAAUUGAAGUGCAAGGCCGAUUAAUGCAUUUCUCCAAGGAAGCCAAUGACAUACCAAAAAGAUUCCAUCCCCCCUCAGUGGUAGGAACUUUAGGUAGCGCUGCUGCUGCAUCCAAGAUUUUAGGGCUCAGCAUGACAAAGUGCCAAGAGGCCCUGGCUAUCGCUGUUUCUCACGCGGGAGCACCCAUGGCAAAUGCUGCCACUCAGACCAAGCCUCUCCAUAUCGGCAAUGCCGCCAGGCAUGGGAUGGAAGCUGUUUUUCUGGCAAUGUUGGGUCUCCAAGGAAACAAGCAGGUCUUGGACAUACAGGCAGGCUUUGGGGCCUUCUAUGCCAACUAUUCACCCAAAGUCCCUCCAAGCCUAGAUUCCUACACGUGGCUGCUGGAGCAGCAGGAUGUGGCUUUUAAGCGAUUCCCCGCACAUCUGGCCACCCACUGGAUGGAAGAUGCAGCCGCGUCAGUGAGAAAGCACCUUGUAACAGACAGAGCCCUGCUUCCUGUCGACCACAUUGACAGAAUUGUACUCAGAAUUCCAGAUGUCCAGUAUGUCAACAGGCCCUUCCCCGUCACGGAGCACGAAGCCCGUCACUCCUUCCAGUAUGUGGCCUGUGCCACGUUGCUCGAUGGUGGCAUCAUUGUCCCUUCAUUCCACAAACGCCAGAUCAACAGGCCUCAGGUAAGAGAGUUGCUCGGUAAGGUGGAGCUGCAGCAUCCUCAGGAUAACCUGCCAAGCUUCAACACACUCUACUGUGAGAUAAGUGUCACCCUCAAGGAUGGUGUCACCUUCACCGAGCGCUCCAAUACCUUCUACGGUCACUGGAGGAAGCCACUGAGCCAGAAGGACCUACAGGAGAAGUUCAGAGCCAAUGCCUCCAGGAUGCUGUCCCCUGACACAGUAGAAAGAUUCAUAGAGAUAGUAGAAAACCUGGAAGACCUAGAGGACUGUUCUUUGUUAACCACACUUCUGAAAGGACCCGCUCCACCAGAGAUGGUUUCAAAAUCCAUCUAGCAAUUAACAGUUUCAUCAUAAAAUCUCUCUUGAGGCUCACCAACAUCUUAAUGACAUGUGCAUUAAGUGCAAGCAUGGUGCACUUAAUGACAAGUGCAGCAUGGUGGAGAGAGUCCACACACAGAACUGGAUAUACAUGGAAGGAGUCUUGCUCCGUAACUUUACAAGACUGUUCCAAUUACCUAUAGCAAGAUAAUAUACAAUGUCUGACAAUUAAGUUUGCAAACUCAUCCUAGAAAAAGUGCUACAUACCCCAUUGCUGAAUAUCACUACAGUCACCUUCGAAAUGCUCCCUUUGGGAAGCUAUGCACCGACGCCAGCUCA